GGCGCCACGUCGGGGGCGGGCCCGGCGAGCGCGGGAAGGCUCUGCGGAGCGGCCGGCAGUCCUCAGCCUUCUCGCGUCAUGGCCCUAUCGGUUCCCUGCUACUCACCCAGCUUCCGAAAGCCGCCCGAGGUAGUGCGGCUCCGACGGAAGAGGGCCCGGAGCCGUGGAGCUGCCGCCUCCCCGCCCCGUGAGCUGCCGGAGCCGGCGGCCCGCCGAGCCGCCCUGGCGGCGGGGCUGCACCUUCGCCCUUUCCCUGCCGCGGGGGGCAGAGGCGGUGGCGGCGGCCCGGCCGCUGCCCGGAGGAACCCUUUCGCCCGCCUGGACAACCGACCGCGGGUCGCCGCGGAGCCCCCCGACGGGCCGGCCCGCGAGCAGCCGGAGGCGCCGGGCCCGUUUUUAGAUUCUAAUCAAGAAAAUGAUUUGCUAUGGGAAGAGAAGUUCCCUGAAAGAACAACUGUUACUGAAUUACCCCAGACUUCACAUGUAUCGUUCUCCGAGUCUGAUAUUCCGUCCUCAGAAAAUACUGAGUUACCUGUGGACUGGAGUAUUAAAACCCGACUCCUUUUCACCUCUUCUCAACCCUUUACCUGGGCAGAUCAUUUGAAAGCACAGGAAGAAGCUCAAGGUCUUGUCCAGCAUUGUAGGGCAACAGAAGUUACUUUGCCUAAAAGUAUACAGGAUCCCAAACUCUCCACUGAGCUCCGUUGUGCCUUCCAGCAGAGCCUUAUCUAUUGGCUCCACCCUGCUUUGUCUUGGCUACCACUGUUCCCUCGUAUUGGAGCUGAUAGAAAAAUGGCUGGAAAGACAAGUCCUUGGUCAAAUGAUGCAACCCUGCAGCAUGUUUUAAUGAGUGACUGGUCCGUGAGCUUUACUUCUCUAUAUAAUUUGCUGAAGACAAAACUUUGCCCCUAUUUCUACGUUUGUACCUAUCAGUUUACUGUCCUCUUCCGAGCAGCAGGAUUAGCUGGAAGUGACUUAAUCACAGCUCUCAUAUCUCCUACAACUCGAGGUUUAAGAGAAGCUAUGAGAAAUGAAGGUAUUGAAUUUUCUCUGCCUUUAAUAAAAGAAAGCGGCUAUAAGAAGGAGACAGCAUCUGGAUCAAGCUUGGGAUAUGGGGAGGAGCAAGCCAUCAGUGAUGAGGACGAAGAGGAAAGUUUUUCCUGGCUGGAAGAGAUGGGUGUGCAAGAUAAAAUUAAAAAGCCAGACAUACUUUCUAUCAAGCUUCGUAAAGAGAAACAUGAAGUACAGAUGGAUCACAGACCUGAGUCUGUUGUGUUGGUAAAAGGAAUCAACACCUUUACAUUGCUCAAUUUUUUGAUUAACUGUAAGAGUUUAGUUGCUACCUCAGGUCCACAGGCAGGACUUCCUCCAACCCUCUUGUCCCCUGUUGCUUUCCGAGGUGCCACAAUGCAAAUACUUAAGGCACGAAGUGUAAAUGUGAAGACACAAGCUCUUUCUGGAUACAGAGACCAGUUUAGUUUGGAGAUUACAGGUCCUAUCAUGCCUCAUUCUCUGCAUUCACUGACCAUGCUGCUCAAAUCUUCACAGAGUGGGUCUUUCUCUGCAGUACUAUAUCCACACGAGCCAACUGCUGUAUUUAACAUCUGCCUGCCAGUGGACAAAGUACUUGAUAUGGAGGUUGUUCAUAAGGAGCUUACUAACUGUGGUUUGCACCCUAACACUCUGGAGCAACUUAGUCAAAUACCAUUACUUGGGAAAUCAUCUUUACGGAAUGUGGUGCUGAGAGACUACAUUUAUAAUUGGAGAUCCUGAACACCAAAGUAAGCCUAAAAGGAAUCUUUGAGGAAAAAAGCCUUCUAGCAAGGAAAUUCAAGAUUCUUGAAGUUGAAGGAAUAUACUGACAUGUUAUAAACAUAACUUUUAUUACAGUAGCAUCUAAGGUUUUAAAUCAGUGUUUUCUGCUUUUACUAUUUUCAGAUUAGAUUUUUAGAUACAAAGAUGAAAAACUCAGAUAACUCAAAUGAGCUAUCUGUAUCCCUACAACCUAAUUGUAUAUUGAGUAGAAACUGAAUUAAUGUUUCCUUGCAAAUGGGAAAUCACAUAGCAGUUACCUCAUGGCAUUGUGACUAAUGGCAUCAGGGCAAAAAUAUGUUACUUUACCAUUUACCUAAGACUGUUAGCAGGUUCUUGUUUCAUAAAGGUAGAAAAUAAAUAUAGAUAACAUCUACUGAGCUAGCUGAUUGGUGAUGCUUCUACCUUAAUAUCUUUCCUACUGAUUUAUAAUUCCUUUAUUUUCACAUAUACUAAAACUCUAAUGCAUGUUAAUUCAGAUAAAAAGGCAUUUUGUAUUCCACAUAGAAUAGUGUUAAGAAUUGUGAAGUACACACUGAGCUGUCAUGGCAAAGUAGUAUUUAAUGUGCUUAUAGGGUGUGGGGGUGUGUGUGUGUGUGUGUGUGUGUGUUGUGUGUGUUGGGAUUGUAUAAUUCACAUUUUUAAAAUAAAAGUGCUUAGAAAUCAAAAGCAUUGGGUAAAGAAAUAAUAGUAUCUAAGUAUUUGUUCACUUUAUAAUCCAGAAAAUAAAACACCACGUUUAUUCCA